UCCCUCCUACUUUCCGUGAGCAGCGAGCUCGGGACAGCGAGUUUGCCGCGGCUCGUUUCGCGCCGGCCAAGGACCGCACGGCUGCCUCGGCUCACCUGGGCGUUCACUCCCCAGUCCCGCACCUCGUCACCUCAAAGUCCUCAGAGACCCGCCGCCCGCUGGGGGAGCCGCGGUCGCCCCCGCGGGUCGUUCCCUCGCCUUCUCCCGGCUGCUGAAAGGAAGAGGCGGCGGCGGUCCGAGCCGGGGGAGGUGGGAACGUUCUGAGGUGAGAACCCGCCUGGCCCCGCUGGGAAUAUGGCGACCGGUGGCUACCGGACCAGCAGCGGCAGCACCACAGACUUCCUGGAAGAAUGGAAGGCUAAGCGCGAGAAGAUGCGCGCCAAGCAGAACGCCCCGAACUCGGCCGCCUCGGGCGGGGGCAGCAGCGACACGGCCGGGAAGCCCCCAACGGGGGCGCUGGGAACCUCCGUGACCGCCGCGCCAAACGAGCUCAAUAACAACCUCCCGGCCGGCGCGGCCGCACCUGCCGCCCCUGGCCCGGGGGGCGUGAACUGCGCGGUGGGCCCCGCGGCGCUAGCCCGCGCCGUGCCCUGCGCGCGGAGGCCGGAGGACGAGUCCCCAGCCGCUGCCGGCUCGGGGACCCCUCCGCUCCGGGGAGAGGAGGAGGAGCGGGACGGCCCCCCAGAGAAGGGCAAGAGCUCGGGCCCCAGUGCCAGGAAAGGCAAGGGGCAGAUCGAAAAGAGGAAGCUGCGGGAGAAGCGGCGCUCCACCGGAGUGGUCAACAUCCCCGCGGCAGAGUGCUUAGAUGAAUAUGAAGAUGAUGAAGCAGGGCAGAAAGAACGGAAACGAGAGGAUGCAGUUACACAACAGAACACAAUGCAGAAUGAAGCUGUAAGCUUAUUAGAUCCAGCCAGUUCCUGUCUGCUACAAGAGCCAUCUAGAACAGUUUCUGGCAGAUACAAAAGCACAAUUACUGCCUCUGAAGAAGAUGUUUCAAAUAGAUAUCCCCGAACAGAUAGAAGUGGGUUCAGCAGAUAUAACAGGGAUGCAAAUGCUUCAGGUAAUUUGGUUUCAAGUAGCACGUUGGAAAAGAAAAUUGAAGAUCUUGAAAAGGAAGUAAUAAGAGAAAGGCAAGAAAACUUAAGACUUGUGAGAUUGAUGCAAGAUAAAGAGGAAAUGAUCGGAAAACUCAAAGAAGAAAUUGAUUUGUUAAAUAGAGACCUAGAUGACAUAGAAGAUGAAAAUGAACAACUAAAGCAAGAAAAUAAAACUCUUUUGAAAGUUGUUGGGCAACUGACAAGGUAGAAGAUUCAAGGCUCAAUAUGGAAAAAAUAUUUUAAAACUACUGAUUGAAUGUUAUGUUCAUUGCUAGGACAAUAUUCCUAUGCUGCAAUACUUUAAAAUAACUAUGUAUAUUUAUUUCUAUGAAACUGAUGGAUGUUUAUUUUCAAAAUACUUCUUUUUCAUUGUUACGGUUCAAAAAAAGUCUCCACCUUUCAUUUCACGUAUCAGUAACAUCUUCCAGCUAUUAAAAUGUUAGGUUUUGUCUUUUUUUGGCUUUUUGUGGUAGUCAAAUAAUUUAUGGUUUAAAGUCAUAACCAUUUGAAUAUAUUUUAUCUGCAGUAGUGCAUUUUCUCCCUAAAGAAAUAUACAUAGUCAUUGUUUACAUGAAUCCAGAUACUUUGGGGGACUUACCUGCAAAUGCCUUAUUACUGAUGUGUGCAACUUUUUAUGUGUUGAUGACUUACUCAGAAAAGUCUUUGUCUACUCUCAUUUUUAUUUUCAACUUAGUCUAAGUGAUUUAGAAUAACAGUCACUAUUUUGUAUAAAUCAUCUCUUUUAAAAGGAAAGGUAUUAUAAAAAGUCACAAUAUCAUGUACUAGUUGGCUAAAUAUAAAUUUAGAAGAACACUUGAAACAAAAAUUUACUAUUUUGUCUGAGUAUUGAAAAUUUUUAAAAAUCACUUUAUCUUUUGAAAAACUGUAUACGAUUGUGUUUUAAUGUAAAAUUUCUUAUGUAGGUACUAAUUUUUUUAUUGCUCCAAGGUUUCUUAGUGAACAUGGGAUAUUUAAAAAGUUGUUUAGUAAUUAUUCUUCAGGCCUGAGAAGUGUGUACAAUUUCAGUGUGUAGGAAAACAAUCCAUAUUCUUGAUUAUCAUAUUAUGCAUUAAAAUCAAAACCAAAUUAUAUAUCCACACUUAAAAACUUCUAUAUUUACAUUAACAAAACAGCACACAAGCAGAAAUAGUAGUUCUAAAAUACUUCGCUUAAUUUCUAACUUUUUAUAAUAACACUGUGACACAGUUCUUAUGUGAGAGAGUAUUCUGCUACCUGAAAUUUAAGGAAUUUUCUUCCUAACAUUAGAAUUAUUAAAACAGACUUAUUUUUGACAAAUUAUAAAUUUUCUUUUCUAUUGAAUAUUGUUAGUAUUUAGGAUUGUUAUUUUAUAUUACAUUUUCAUGUUGAGUAAAAUGCCCCCUCCCUUAAUAUAUGUUAACAUUAAGAAAUGUCUGCUUUAUAGUUGACUCUUAAACAGAGAACAGAUAUCCCUUUGCAUCCAGUUAAUAUACAUAAGUGACUUGAAUAUAGUAAAAUCUAUUUUGGGUACCCUACUGGCUCCCCUCACUUGCCAAGCUCAUUUAUGGUUCACCAUUAGAAAAGUAGGAAAGAUAAAACAAUUGGAAACAAUAUAGAGUAAAUGAUAAGUGUCAGAUUUGGGUUAAAGCUCACCAUCUUAUGAUUCUGAUCAUCACCUAGGCUUGCAAACAACUGCUCUUCCCACUUUCCUCCAUGUCUUCUAUUGGAGACCCUGUAAUUAAAAUAAUUUUAGCUACUAGCAGUUUUUCCCCUUUUAGUUUAUUCUAUAAUUAACCUGGUCACUUGGGGUAGUUUUCAUAUGUUUGUGUAUGUAUUUACUGCUCACAGAAAGUUCAUUAUUAUAUUACCAAACAUGGUAUAGUUACAAAAUUAUUACAUUAAGUGCUUCUUGGAGAAUAUUACCCAUCAUGGGAAUAGUGAUCUGCUGCCUACAUGUCAACAUGGUAUGCCAGGCUCAGUUGUCACCUUUGGCUGUGUGGUGCUCACCAUUUUUUAGUUACCCUUACAUAAGUGAAAGAAAUGUUGGUGUUGCUUCCCAUUCACAUUUGGAUGUUGUGAAAAUGCUGUCAUUUUCCAACCUUAAAAUAUAUUAUUAGUGUAUUGAUUUUUCAGUUAUAUAGAAGAAGUCAGAAUUAUUUUGAAUUUUCUGUUUAAUCCAUAGAUAGAUAAAUGAAUAUUUCAUUUCACUUUUAAAUGUUUCACCAGUCACUAAUCCUUUAAUCUUUAAGAUUGAGCUGUUUUAAAAUUUUUCCUGUUCAGUUUAUUGGGAACAUUUCCAGCAAUGAUUUUUACUUUUUUAACAUAAUAAUAUAUAGUGCAAAUAGAGGAGCACUGACAACAGAAGCACAAGCAUUUCACAUGCAGUCUCCCCCCACUCUUUAAAAUGUGUAUGUAUUUCACACAUAAAUUUACAUUGACUAUUGAAAAAUGAAAUAGAAUAUAUCAUUCCCCCUUAAAGAUUUGUGAAGUUUUGAGAUUUUAAGAAGUUAACUUAAAUAUAUAUUCAUUACCUUAGAAAAAUUGGUUAUUGUCAGUACUGUACUAGUAUUUGUGAAAUUAUUAGUGCUAUUCAGAAAUAUUUCUUAAAUCUCCUGGGAAUUUGUGGCAUAAUAAAACACAUCAAAAGUUUUAAUGUGUUUAUGAGAUCAUUUUAAAACAGUAAGUUUAUUAUCUUUACAAUGAGCAAGACUUUGCCUCCCUGAUUUCUGAUAGGCAUUAACUUGAAAGUUACUGCAGUAAUUUUUACUCAAUUUCUAGAAAUCGUUAGUAAUUUUAUUGGACUGCAGUUACCUUUAGGGAGCAAGGAGAUGGUUUUGUAGGGUGUAGUUCUAAGUAUUCUAAGGGAAUUUGCUAAAUAUAGUAGACUAGCACUAUCACACUUGUUCAAGUAGUUUAAUAAAACAUAGAAAAUGAAAUAUCAGGGGCAGGUACAUGAAGCAGUGUAUACUUAAGAUGGAAAAUCUACCUCAGUUGCAUGUGGUUUUUCUUUUCUGAAUUAAUCUGGAUUUUUGUAAUUAGACUGAAAGCCAAAUUUGCAAAGUCCUUGGAUUUGAUCAUUGAUCUGGCCUCUUGGACCAUUUUUUUAGGUGUGGGGAUAGUUACAUUACAUCUUUUUUCUAUUUGUAUGAUUUUUGAAUCAGCACCUAGGAAGUUCCAUGCAGCAUUGGCACUUAUUUCAUAACUGUUUUGUGAUUUUUAUUAAUAACCAGUUAAAAAAUUCAGGCAUAUAUUUUCGUUUCUGUAAUAUGAGAAAUCUAAUACACCAGCUUUCCUUUGGUGGAGUAUAUUAAGUGAAAAAGAACCUAGCAUUCAGGAGCUUUAAAAUAAUAUGUUAAAAUUAGUGCUGAACAUUCUUAUAUUGUAUCUGAACCAUUCCUAAUAAAUAACAAUAAAGCUUGACCUCUUUUACAUUGGAACUGUGCUCUGGUAAAUAUACGACAACCUUCAAUUAGGAUUGUAACUUACAGUACUUUAUCUGAGAAUUAGUGUGAGGCUUAUUAUUUUUUAUGCUUUCAGUUUAAACUGAAAGCAUAACAUUAAUAGCAUAUAACUAACAUUUUGCUCGUCAGGCAUGUCAACAAAGCACCUUCUUCCAUGUUACUAAGUUUUCUCCUUAAUGUUAGAAGUUGAUUGUUUAAAGACUUUAACCAUUACCCAAGAGAACUUGAGCCCAUAUGCAUUUUUUUAAUUAGCCAGAAUCUCAUAGCGUGUUAAAUAAAGUCUUAUCUCCAGCCUCCCCCAAAUAAUUACAUGUGAGUAUGUGAGAGAAUAUGUAUGCGGGGGGGGGGGGGGGUUGCAGUAAAUUUUCAGACCUAUUCCUUCAGCAAGUAUUUAUUAGUCAACUGGGUAUAUACUAUUAUGGGUAUUAUGGGGGUUUAAAGAACGGUCAUGGGCCAACCCUUCCAUCUGGCAGUGUACAGUCAGAAACACAGAGUAUAGUCUUAGCUGGUAUUAGUCUAUCUAAUCUGAAUUAUUCAUUCAAAAGUUUUUUGUUUUUUUGCUUUUCUUUUACAUUAAUUAUCCAGCCCUUGUCUUUUAGGUCUGGUUAAUAGGUACUGUUAUAUUUGCUGUAGCAUUUAUUCAACAGUGGAUUGAAAGACCUGAUUCUUAUUGGGAAGUAUCUUAUACUUUUAACAAUUGUAUAUGUAUUAGAAGAAGAAUAUUUUUAGGGAAUUUAUAGCAGUAAUUUGGUGAAAAGAAUUUAGUUUAUGUCAGAUCAGCCAAACUAUUGGUAGUAUUCAAAUGUGAUCAAAAAUUAGUAUUUGUAUAUAUGUUAUUGAUAAUUAGUUUGCUUUAAGUAUUUAAGUCUAAUCUACAGUUUGCAUAUUGGCAGUUACCAUGGUAAUAAUAGAAUGUUAGUGAUUUUUAUUUGAUGGACAUUGGUUAUGUACCUUGGUUGUUGGUUUUUGUUUUUUCACUAGAUACCUGAAAGGUGUUUGCUACUUUUUUUGAUGAACUUGUUUCUUGAAAAAUUUAGCCAUGCUAUUCCGGGUUUUUGUUAUGUUUUUCUUCUAAAUUUAAUUAUCAGGCUUCUGCUGUUACCAGAAAAGACCAUAGGAAAACUAAGACAAUCCUAAUACUUGUGGAAAAACAUCUGGAUAAAUUAUUGAACACAUUACUAUUUUGUACACUGCUUUCAUCAUUCCCAUUGCAUAGGUUGUCAUUAUAUAGUAGUCACCUCAUAUAGAUUUACCUUUAAUAUGCAUUACAUGUAAAAUAAUAGUCACUCAAUAAAAAAGUAAAAUUUCACUUUUUUUUCAA